CCCGUGCCCGGCCCCUCAGGGCCUCGCCGUGCCCGUGAGAGACCCGCGGCGAGGGGCUGCGGGGGCUCAGCCGCUAAUCCCCCCCCGGCCCGCUCCCCGGAGCAGAUGGCGGGGCGGGACGAGCCGACAAUCCCCCUAAUCCCGCCGGGGCAGCGGGGCUGAGCCGGGCCAUGGCGGGCACGAGGGCGCGCGGCCGCCUCCUGCACUCGCUGCUGGGCCAGCUGUGCUGCGGGUGUGGCUGCAGCCCCUGCCGCGGGCUCCGCGUGUCCACGGGCACCCGCGUCCUCUACACCCUCCUGCACGUCCUGGCCUCCACCGUGUGCUGCCUCACGCUGUCCCGCACCGUGGCACAGGCCGUGAGGGAGAAGGUGCCCUUCUCGGCCGUGCUGUGCCAGCACCUGCCUGGCGGCACAGACUGCGAGCGGCUCGUGGGCUCCUCGGCCGUGUACCGGGUCUGCUUCGGCACCGCCUGCUUCCACCUGCUGCAGGCCGCCCUGCUCCUCAACGUGCGCUCCAGCACAGACUGCCGCGCUCAGCUCCACAACGGGUUCUGGUUCCUGAAGCUGCUGGUGCUGGUGGGGCUCUGUGCCGCCAGCUUCUUCAUCCCUGAGGACGGCUUCAUUCGAGCCUGGCACUACGCGGGCGUCUGCGGGGGCUUUGCCUUCAUCCUCAUCCAGCUGGUGCUGAUCACCGCCUUCGCGCACACCUGGAACAAGAACUGGCUGACAGGCGCUGCGCAGGACAAGCGCUGGUACCUGGCCGUGCUGCUGGCCACCGCCGCCUUCUACACCCUUGCCUCUGCCGCCUUCUCCUUCCUCUACAAGUACUACACCCACCCGGCUGCCUGCCAGCUCAACAAGGCGCUGCUCACCGUCAACGGCAGCCUCUGCGGCAUCGUGUCCUUCAUUUCCAUCACGCCCUGCGUGCGGCUCAAGCAGCCGCGGUCAGGGCUGCUGCAGUCCUCCAUCAUCAGCUGCUACGUGAUGUACCUUACCUUCUCUGCGCUGUCCAGCCGCCCUCCGGAGAGAGUGCUCUACAAGGGGCAGAACCUCACCGUCUGCUUCCCCGGCACCCGGCAGGAUGAGCUGCAGACAGAGGACACAACCGUUGCUGUCCUGGGGGCUGCCAUCAUGUACACCUGCGUGCUCUUCGCAUGUAAUGAAGCUGCCUGUCUUGCCGAGGUCUUUGGGCCCCUCUGGAUGGUCAAAGUUUACAGCUUCGAGUUUAAAAAACCUUCCUGUUGCUUCUGCUGCCCAGAGAAGAUGGAGGAGGAGCUGAGAGGUGAGUGCAGCAGGUCGGGGAGAGGCUGCAGAAACGCACAAACGUGGGCACCAGCGUCAGACCCCAGGAGUGCUGGCCAGGACAGGGUGCAGGAGCUGUUGUCAUCUUGCACUCUCCCAGGUGCAGAGCAGACGUGUGAGCAAGAGGAGCCUGCCAGGGGACAGUGCCUUGUCCAGGAUGAGCGAGACCGGGUGGUCUACAGCUACUCAGCCUUCCACUUCGUCUUCUUCCUUGCCUCACUCUACGUCAUGAUGACCCUCACCAACUGGUUCAGCUAUGAGAACGCGGUGCUGGAGACCACCUUCACGCAUGGCAGCUGGUCGACGUUCUGGGUGAAGGCGGCUUCAUGCUGGGCCUGUGUCCUGCUCUACCUGUGGCUGCUGCUGAGCCCCCUCUGCCUCCACGGCUCCCCCCAGCACCGGCGGAGCAGCCCAGCCUUGCGUGUCCUGCGGCGGCGACGCGCCCCACACCGUAUCAGUGUGUCCACGUAGUCCCUGCUGGGACGGACUGCGCCUGGCCCCGUGCACAGGUCAUGCCGUGGUCCUGUGCCCGGGCCCCGCCUGACCUCGUGUCCCAGGAAAAGGCAGCAUCAGAGCACCGCAGGGGGAUCGAGGAGGUGUGCGCUCUGCUACACCAGCUCGCAGGGACGCUGGUCCUGCAUUGAGCUGGAGCCGUCGAGGGGCCAGCCUGAGACCACCUGGGUGGCGGGUGCUCAGCCUCAGCCACAGCUGCGGUCCCUCCAGCUAGGGAGGCAGCUCCUGCCCGUGCACCCUUCUGGCAUCGCUGGCCCCCUGGCCUGGGGCCUGCCAGGAGAGCAGCGCUCUGCGCUGGCCACCUCCACUUCAGCUCGCCUGCCUGGCUGUGUGGUUAUUGUAAAUAGCUCCUUGAAUACAUUUUUUUUUUUUAAUGUAAAGCUCUGAGUUAAGCCUAUGCCAUCUGCCCCACAUGCACACAGCAGCCAUGGGUCUGGCAACGCAGGUGCCAGCAACACCCCAGCAGCCCCCAGCCCUCCGGGGGCAUGGAGCAAGGGGCAGGGGCCUGGCCUGAAAGGGAGCAGCCAGGGAGCGCCCUUGGUCCUGCCCCAGCUCACAGCCAGCACCAGGCCCUGCACCCAGCCCUGGCACCAGGGCUGCUCCCGUCCCCAUCUCCACCUGAUCCCCGCGCCCACUCCCCCCCCCCAGCUGCCCCUCUCCCACCACCGCAGUCACGCCAGGCUCCCACUCCACUCGCCGCGGCCGAGCCCAGCCCC